AAAAACAUUCUCUGUCAAUCUUGUCUGAUCAAACUGCUUCUGCCAACAGUUGAAGGCUGAAUCAUGAGCGCUCUGGGAUAUGCGUUACUUCUCUGCUUUUUUGUUUCAUGUUUGGAGUUUGUGACAGCGAUAUCGGGGCCACAUGUGUGCAGCAGGAGUGUGCUUAAAUCAAAAAUCAGAUACACGUCAUGUGGAUUUUGGGGAAUGAGCCGAUGCAGAAGAACUGCUUACUACCAGUCAACCGAAAAUUAUUGCUGUGAAGGCUGGAAGGCGGACGCCAAUGGAUUCUGUGAACUACCAAUAUGCAGAAUACCUUGCCAAAACGGAGGGACCUGUAUUGCCCCAGACAAAUGUCAAUGUCCUUCUUCCUACGACGAUGGGAUGUACUGCACUAAUAGUACGAAUCAUGGUUAAACAUUGACAAAUGUUAGGACAAGUCUGACGUUUUGGACCAUUAACUAAGUUAAACCACCUGUUAACUUUUGUUUUGCAAAUGUUCCACGCCGACAAACUCGACAUUUAUUAAUAAAGAUAUUUGGAUGCAUUAGUGAUC